AUGGAGAUGGGUAAACUGGUGGUGAACAUCAUGAGUGUGUAUGCGGCGCAACAAGGUUGUGCAGACGAAGAGAAGGAGAAGUUUUGGGAGGAGUUGGACGAAGAAGUGAGAAAAAUUCCAGCUGAGGAGAAACUAUGGAUAGGGGGUGAUUUCAAUGGACACGUUGGUGGUGAUAACACAGGCAGAGAAGAGACGAUGGGCAAAUUUGGUUAUGGUACUAAGAAUGAUGGUGGGGAAGAACUCAAUACGAAAGACUGUAAAGUAAUUCUUGGGGAAAGCAUCACAAACCAACACCGACCAGUCAUUUGCACACUUAAUGUUGUGAAGUCAAAGCCCCAGACGAAGUCAAGAACCCAGAAAAUCAAGUGGUGGAAGCUAAAAGAAGCGCAGAGCAGAGAUGAUUUUACAGAUAAGGUUAGAGAGACCCUAGAAAGACGUAGACAGGAAGAGAGGUGUGACUGGGAAACAAUCGCAGAAGACAUGCGGGAUCUGGGAGAGAAAGUCUGUGGCAAAACCUCCGGAAAGGCAAAGGCUGGAAAGGAGACGUGGUGGUGGUGUGAUGAAGUCCAGAGAAGAAUUAGUGAGAAGAAGGAAGCAAAGAAGAAACUCUUUGAAGAUCCAUCUGAAGAGAACAAAGCUUACUACAAAACAACAAAGAAGGAAGCUAAAAGAGCUGUAGCAACCGCAAAGGCAAGAGCAUAUAACCAACUCUACGAAGACCUUGAUACAACAGAAGGUACGAAAAAGGUACUUAGAAUUGCUAAACAAAGGGACAAAAACUCGAAAGACAUCUAUCAGACAAAAUGGAUAAAGAACGAUGAGGGGAAUGUGUUAACAAAUGAUGAGGAUAUUCUGGAAAGGUGGCGGUUGUAUUUUAUGAAGCUCAUGAAUGAAGAAAAUCCUAGGGAAGCACGUGAGGAGGAACAGGUGGGGAAUCCUGGUGAGGUGGAAGCCAUCACUGAAGAUGAGAUUUUCGAUGAAGAAAAGAUCCCAGAGUCGUGGCGGAAGAGCAUACUCGUCCCUAUCUAUAAGAACAAAAGUGACAUCAUGGCCUGUGGUAACUACCGAGGCAUAAAACUCAUGAGCCACAGCAUGAAAUUAUUUGAACGUAUGGUUGAGCACCGACUAAGGUGUGGUGAACAUCAGUGA